GGCGCCGCGCAGCACUGGGACCCGCGCUCGCCCUGCAGCCCGGUCAGCUUCCUCCGCACCCGCCUGCCGGUCUGCCAGUGUGCCCGUGCGCCCUCGCUGCCGCUGGUCUGCGCCUCGACCCUGCCGGCACCAUGCACCUCUCCCAGCUGCUGGCCUGCGCCCUGCUGCUCAUGCUGCUCUCGCUCCGGCCCUCAGAAGCCAAGCCCGGGGCGCCGCCGAAGGUGGGUGCUGUCGCGGGGACGCCGGGCCUGGGAAGGGCCCGGCCGGGAGAGGAGCUGGCGGAGCCCCAGGCUGCUGGCGGCGGUCAGAAGAAAGGUGACAAGACUCCCGGGGGUGGCGGCGCCAACCUCAAGGGCGACCGGUCGCGACUGCCCCGGGACCUGCGCGUGGACACCAAGUCGCGGGCGGCGUGGGCGCGCCUUCUGCACGAGCACCCCAACGCGCGCAAGUACAAAGGAAGCAACAAGAAGGGCUUGUCCAAGGGCUGCUUCGGCCUCAAGCUGGACCGGAUCGGCUCCAUGAGCGGCCUGGGAUGUUAGUGCGGCGACCCCUGGCGGCGGAUUGGGAGCUGCUCCCUGCGCCAAGGUCACCCUCGGUCACCAGCCUUCAGCAUCUGGAAACACCUCCGACGCAAUGUGGCUUUUCCAUUUCUUUUCUUUCCUUCCUGGUACUGGGAACACACAACACCAGCUGUUUCAUUAUUAUUUGGGGAGGGGGUAUUAUGAUUUGAAUGUUUGUUUUUUUGAAAAUGCAAAAUAAAAAGUUAUAUAUUAUAUAUAUAUUAUAUACAUGGAACACACACACCUACACCGACUUGAUGACAAGGGACAGUUUUUAAGAGACUGAC